GUGAUGGGGACAUCAUUUGUCCCAAAAUAUCUGGUUGGGCUUGCUUAUAUAAACUGACACAGACACCCAAGCGAUUGCACAGAGCCCUUCUUUUGUCAGCUGGCCUGCUUCCAUUCAGCUGCACCCAUGCAGAACGUUACAAUCUUCCUACUGGUUCUGGCUUGCGGAGCCACUCUGGUGACCGGCCUUGCCUCCCAGUUUAAUGAGAUGAUUCAGAUGAGCACCGUCACCUACAGCCUGGCCAACUUCACCAACUACGGCUGCCACUGUGGGGCAGGGACUCAAGGCUUCCCCGUGGACGCCAUCGACAGGUGCUGCCACAGCCACGACUGCUGCUACAACAAGGCCGAGAUGUUCGGUUGCAGCCCAAGCACCCACUCAUACAGGUUCUACGCCCAGAGGGAUAAAAUUAAAUGUGUCAAGUCUCGGGACCGGUGCGAGAAGCUCGUAUGCGAAUGUGACCAAAAAGCGGCCAGCUGCUUCCGGAAGCAUCUCUUUGCCUAUAACCUCCAGUUCAAGAAUCACCCAGCGGGCAACUGCAGGGCACAGCGGCCAUUUUGUUGAGCCGCAUUUUUAACGGGAAGCAG